AUGGCGGCUUUCAUUUUGUUCCUCCUUCCCUUCAGCUUUGCCAACUACGGCCGUGCCCAGUACGGCGAAGCCGCCUUUAUCGCGCCCCUGGUUAUUGGCUUCUUCCUCUUCUUCGUCUUUGCGACCUGGGAAAAAUGGUUCGCCCGCACCCCCUUCAUCCCCUACCAGCUUUUCAAGGACCGCACCGUCUUCGGCGCGUGCGGUCUCUCGGCUAUCCUCUACUUCAGCUUCUACUCCUGGGAUCUGUACUACUACUACUACUACUACUACUACUACUACUACUUUGUGAUGGUCGUAUACAACCUCGAUGUCACGAUGACCGGAUACAUGACGGCAAUUUACACCGUGGGAUCCUGCGACUGGUCCUCGAUCUUCGGCCUUUGGAUCCGCUACGUGAAGGAGUUCGAGUACAGCUGUCUCUUCUUCGCUCUACCAUUGAUGACCCUCGGCGCUGGCGCGGCUCGGACAGCGACAUCGGGUGCGUGA